GUCCACACUAUCCUGUGGCCAUGGCAGACAUGUCAAUACCCUUACAUUCACUGCGAUUCAACAAUAUGCCGAGGGAGGAAAAUGUCGUCCCCCAAAACAGGGGGACGACCUUCUCUGGACCAAUGAUAGAGACCACAGCAGAGGUUCAAAUUCUGCAUUCUCGUGUACAGCCUAUAGUCUCAACUUCAGCGUCAGACCCUGGAGGGAUGUCCACACAGAUGAUGACAUCCCCGGCCUUUGACACCAUGUCCACACCUCUAUUGGGAGCACCGAAUUCUGGAACACUGUCUCCACCGCUAAUGCCAGCCUCAGACUCUGGGGCACUGUCCCCAUUGCUAAUGCCAGCCUCAGAUUCGGAAGUACUGUCUCCAUUGCUAAUGCCAACCUCAGACUGUGGAGCACUGUCCCCACUGCUAAUGCCAACCUCAGAUUCUGGAACAUUGUCCCCAUUGCUGUCCACUUCAGACUAUGGAUUAAUGUCCCCGGGACUGCUGACAAUCCCUGACUUUGGGACAGUGUCCACAGCACUAAUGGCAGCACCAGAUUCUGCAGAGAUAUCACCAUUGGCAAUGCCAGCUUCAUCCUCUGGAGCCAUGUCUACACCUAUAAUGAGCACUUCAUCCUCUGAGGCGAUGUCCACACCAUUGAUGCUAGCCCCAGAUCCUGGAGAGCUAUCCCCACUUCUAAUGCCGGAUAUAAACCCUGGAAUGAUGUCCUCACAGCCAGCGCCAGCUCCAGUCUCUGAAGCAAUGUCACCAUUGCAAAUUACAGAUGAAGACACUGAAGCAAUGUCCAAAGUGCUAAUGACUGCCCUGGCCUCCGGAGAGAUAUCUUCACUGCUGAUGUCAGACACAGACUCUGAAGCGAUAUCCUCACUAAUAAUGUCGGCCCUAGCUUCUGGAGCAACAGCAACCCAGCCAACAAACACCCAAGAGUCUGAAGAAAUGUCCAUCCAGCUGAUGUCAGGCCCAGACUCUAAAGUAGUGUCUUCACCACGAGUGUCAGCUCCUGGCUCUGGAGCAAUGUCCACACAGCUCCUGUCAGUCCCAGAUGCUGGAGAAAUGUCCACAUUGCCAAAUCCAGCCCCGGAUGCUGAAGCCAUGUCCCCAAUGCUAAUGACGGCCCUAACCUCUGGAGUGAUGCCCACUCAGCUGAUGCCAGCCCAAGGCUCUGGAGCGAUGUCCCCACGGUCAACACAAAAUCUAGACUCUCAAAUUAUGUCUGCUCCACUGAUGAGAGCAGCAGCUUCUGGGGAGAUGUCUACACCACCAGUGAGAGCCUCAGACCCUGGAGCAAUGUCCACACCACGGAUGAGAGCCUCAGCCUCUGGAAAUAUGUCUACAUUGCUAAAGACAGUCCCAGACUCUGGAGCAUUGUCCACUCCACCGAUGACAGUCACAACCUCCGGAGCAAUGUCCACAGAGCAAAUGUCGACCACAGCCUCUAGAGGGAUGUCCACACAGUUACCAAUGGCCAGAACUUCUGGAGCAACAUCCACAGGCUUUAGGAAAGCCACAGCCAAUGGGGCAAUGUCCAUGCUGCGAAUGAGAGCCCCAGCCUCUGGAAUGAGGUCUGCACCACUAAGGAGAGCCCCAGCUUCUGGAGCAACGUCCACACAGCCAAUCACAGCUCCAGCCUCUGAAACAAAGUGUAUGCUACAACUGACAGCCUCAGCCUCUGGGUCAAUGUCCACACUGCAAAUAAGAGCCCCUGUCUCUGGAGCAAUGUCAAUGUCACAAAGGAGAGCCACAGCCUCAGGAGUGACAGCUGUACCACAAAUGAGAUCCUCAGCCUCUGGAGCAAUGUCUACCCCACUGAUGACAACCAAAGCAUCCGGAGCCAUGUCCACACUGUUAAUGAGAGACACAGCCUCGGGAUUAAUGUCCAUGCCACAAAUGAGAGCUGCGGCCUCAGGAGCAUUGUCCAAGCCGCUAACGACAUCCAAACCCUCAGAAUCAACGUUCGUGCAGCAAAUGACAACUGCAGCUUCUGGAGAGAUAUCCACAAUGCUAAUGAGAGACACAGCUUCUGGAGCCAUGUCCAUGCUGCAGAUGACAGACACGGUCUCUGCAGGGAUGUCCACACCGCUAAUGAGAGCCCCAGCCUCUGGAGACAUGUCCAUACCACAAAUGACAGCCACAGCUUCUGGAACUAUGUCCAUGCCUCUCAUGAGAGUUCCAGGUCCUGGAGCAGUGCCCACGGCAGUAAUGAGAGCCACAGUCUCUGGAAAGAUGCCUAGUCAGCCAAUGAGCACCCAAGACUCUCGAGGGAUGUCCAGGUCACUCAUGAGACCCAUGACUUCUGGAGGGAUGUCCCCACUGCAGAUGCGAGCCCCAGCCUCUGAAAUGAUGUCCACACCAAAAAUGAGAGCCCCCGCCUCUGGAGUGAUGUCCUCACCACUAAUGAGAGCCUCAGACCCUGGAGAGAUGUCUGCACUGCUCACAAGAGCUUCGUCCUCUGGAGAGAUGUCCCCACCACUAAUGAGACCCCCAGCUUCUGGAGAGAUAGCCACACCUCUGAGAGCCCCAGCUUAUGGAGCAAUGUCUACUCCACAAAUGACAGCCACAGCCUCUGGAAUGAUGUCCAUGCCACAAAUGAGGGCUCCGAUAUCUGGAGUUAUGUCCACACCGCUAAUGAGAUCCACGGCCUCUGGAGUGAUGUCCAUGCCUCAAAUGACAGCCACAGCCUCCGGAGGGGUGUCUAUGCCACUGAUGAGAGCCCCAGCCUCUGGAGCAACGUCCACACCACAAAUGACGCCCACAGCUUCUGGAGAGAUGUGCACACUAUCAACGCGAGCUCCAGCCUCUGGAGUGAUGUCCCCACCACUAUUAAGGGCUCCAGUCUCUGGAAUUAUGUCCACACCACUAAGGAGACCCUCAGCCUCUGAAGCUGUAUCCACAGAGUUAAUGAGAGCUCCGGCCUCUGGGAAGACAGCCACUGCACAAACAGCAGGCAUGGCCUCUGGAGGGAUGUCCAAGACAUUAAUGAGAGCCACAGGCUCUGGAACAAUGCCCAUGCCAUUGAUGUCAGCCAUGGCUCCUGGAGAGAUGUCCAUGCCGCUAACGAAAAGCAUGGCCCCUGGAGCAAUGUCCACACUGCAAACAAGAAUCACAAGUUCUGGAUCUAUAUCCUUGCCACAAACAAUGUACGCAACUUCCGGAGGGAUGCCUGUACCGCCAGUGAGAGCCUCAGCUUCUGGAAUGAUGUCCAUGCCACUUCUGAGAGCCACAGCCUCUGGAGGGGUGUCCGUGCCGCUAAUGAGGUCCCCAGCCCCGGAAGCCGUGUCCACACCACAGAUGGCAGCCACAGCUUCUGGAAUGAUGUCUACUCUGGAAAUCAAAGCCACAGACUCUGGAGAAACAUCUGCUUCUCACAUCAACAUAACAGCCUCUGGAUCAAAGUCCACACCACAUGUGUCUGCCAGAACCCCUGAAACAAUGAAGCCACCACCAAAGGAAGUCCCAUCCUUUGGCAUGCUGACCCCAGCACUCUGUUACCUCUUAGAAGAACAGGAAGCAGCCCGGGGUUCAUGCUCUGUGGAGGAGGAGAUGGAGGUUGAUGAAGAGAAGCAAAUGAAGGGAUUUUUGGAUGAUUCAGAGAAAAUGGCAUUUCUGGUGUCUCUUCAUCUGGGGGCAGCAGAGAGGUGGUCCAUCUUGCAGAUGGCGGUAGGAAACCCCCUCUCAGAUGAAAAUAAAUCUUUCCUGAGCAGAUCGCAGGGCUUAUAUGACUCCCUAUCUGAGAUAGACAUCCUCAGUGCUGUUCUUUGCCAUCCCAAGCAGGGCCAGAAGUCAGUCAGGCAGUAUGCCACUGACUUCCUGCUGCUGGCCCGACAUUUGUCUUGGUCUGAUGCCAUUCUACGGACCAGGUUUCUGGAAGGACUUUCGGAAGCUGUUACCACCAAAAUGGGCCGGAUCUUUCUGAAGGUGGCCGGCAGCCUAAAGGAGCUGAUAGACAGGUCUCUCUACACUGAGUGCCAGCUGGCUGAAGAGAAGGAUUCCCCGGGCAGCUCAAGCCAGGUUCUACUGUCAGCCUGUAAGCGGAAUAAUGAGGAAGCAAUGGAGAAUGAACUGAACUCUCAUCAGCAGACUGAGGAGCACCAGCAUGUUCCCAAACGCUGUUACUACCUGAAGGAGCAUGGAGAUCCUCAAGAGGGUCUGCACGACCACCUUCGACAGAGCACAGGUCAUCAGAAUGUCCCCACGGGCAAGUAACACUCCCUGGACUCUUCUCCUGUGAUAUCUGACUUGGCUGCUAACUUGAGGACUGGUUCCUGGACCCAUUCCAUUCAAUUACAUCAUAAACCUUGUGGCCUUCCCCCUCCAGGCACAUUUCGCCCUAUCUCCCACUUGACUGACUGGACCUUCUCUUUAACCCCACAUGCCUGUGACCUGCCCCGACAAUCAGAGAGUGGACUUCAAGAGUGUUUGGUGUAUGAGGUUCGGAACUCCCAUCACCAUCGAGGCCAGUCCUAGUUCCUGGUCCAGGGAGAAGUCUAGGCAGGAGAAACCAUUUCCUACCUCAAAAACACCUUAGAGUGUCUUGCCACAUGUCAUCAGGCAAACUUGAGGAAGCCCUGGUCCCAUUUCACCUGGCAGGGGAGCCUAUAAGGAGAGUGAUACCUACUCCUAUACCACCCUUUUCAUCCAGUAGACUUGCCCCUAUGUGCCCCAACUCACAAAACCUAAAAUGGGUCUCCAGGGCCCUUGCCCUGUUUAUAGUCUCCAUCUUGAACCAUUCAUUUUGACCCAUAAUAAUCACAGUAAUAGCUAACAUUUAUUAUGUACUAUGUGACAGGUACCGGGCUAAACUCUUGACAAGCACCAUCUCACUACAUUCUUACCAUAACCCAACUUGUUGUGUUGUCUACUUCUGACCUCUUGAUCUGCUGUCUGUGGUCCUUGUCUUGUGCCUCAGUGUGAAAUCUCUAGCUCUGACCUCUGGGUGACCCCCUCGGUUGUGAAUUGCCUUGUGAAUUGCCUCACUUCCCUUGGCUAUUGUGCU